CCGUUUUAAUGACACUGACAGUGCCUUCUUUUUGAUUGUAUUUUAUAGACCUUUACUGCAGUAGCACAUCUUGCUCCUUGUUACUUUGCCACUACGCAAUAAAUCCUGACACAUGAUUUAGAGCAAUCUCAGGUAGAUAAGAAAGGAUAGAUAAAGUGAUCAUAGUAACAUAUUUUGCUCGAGAUAGUAUUCAGGCUGUUUAUGUCUAUAUUCGCUAUCUGAGAUCUGACCACCAGCGGUACACGUCAAGCGCUGCUCUAGCAUCACCGCUCAACAUCGAGGACUGAACAUCUCAAUUACCAACAUGACGGAUGGACCGAGACAAAGAGGGAGCGCAGCCCCGAGCACCGGUGAGGAUGGAGCAGCAGACGCCGGCAAAACAGCGGGAGAGUCAUCGGUGGCGUUGAAAAAGGAGAUCGGUCUCGUCAGUGCCUGUGGCAUUAUUGUCGGUAACAUCAUCGGCUCUGGAAUCUUUGUUAGUCCAAAGGGAGUGUUGGAAAAUGCCAGUUCAGUGGGCCUGGCUCUCAUAGUAUGGAUCGUCACAGGUGUUAUAACAGCGAUUGGAGCACUCUGCUACGCUGAGCUGGGCGUCACAAUCCCCAAAUCUGGAGGCGACUACUCUUAUGUCAAGGACAUCUUCGGAGGACUGGCAGGGUUUCUGCGGUUGUGGAUUGCUGUGUUGGUGAUCUAUCCCACUAACCAGGCAGUUAUCGCCCUUACCUUCUCCAACUACGUCCUGCAGCCUCUGUUCCCCACCUGCUUCCCCCCAGAGAAUGGUCUGCGUCUGCUCGCUGCCAUCUGCUUGUUGCUGCUGACUUGGGUGAAUUGUGCCAGCGUGCGCUGGGCAACACGGGUACAGGAUGUCUUCACUGCAGGGAAACUUCUGGCCCUCAUUCUCAUCAUCAUCAUGGGUUUUGUACAAAUCUGCAAGGGCGAAUAUUACUGGUUGGAGCCGGCCAAUGCUUUCGAGCCGUUUCAAGACUAUGAUGUUGGUCUGAUUGCUCUGGCAUUUCUACAGGGGUCCUUCGCCUACGGUGGCUGGAAUUUCCUCAAUUAUGUCACAGAGGAACUCGUCGACCCCUAUGUAAACCUUCCCCGUGCUAUCUUCAUCUCCAUUCCCCUCGUGACUUUUGUGUAUGUUUUUGCUAACAUUGCCUACGUCACUGCCAUGAGCCCUCAGGAGCUGCUGGCUUCUAAUGCUGUAGCUGUGACGUUUGGUGAGAAGCUGUUGGGAGUGAUGUCAUGGAUCAUGCCCAUCUCUGUGGCCUUGUCCACAUUUGGGGGGGUCAACGGCUCCCUCUUCACCUCCUCUCGGUUGUUCUUCGCGGGUGCACGUGAAGGCCAUCUCCCUAGUCUGCUGGCUAUGAUUCAUGUGAAGCGCUGCACCCCAAUUCCAGCUCUGCUCUUCACUUGCAUCUCAACGAUUCUGAUGCUGUGCACCAGUGACAUGUACACACUCAUAAACUAUGUGGGUUUCAUCAACUACCUCUUCUAUGGUGUCACUGUUGCCGGGCAGAUUGUGCUUCGGAUUAAACAACCAGAUAUGCACCGGCCAAUUAAAAUCAGUCUGGUGUGGCCUGUCAUCUACCUGCUGUUCUGGGCCUUCCUGCUGAUCUUCUCUCUGUACUCGGAGCCUGUGGUGUGUGGCAUUGGCUUGGCCAUCAUGCUUACUGGUGUCCCUGUCUAUUUCUUGGGCGUGUACUGGGAAAACAAGCCCCAGUGUUUCAAUACAUUUGUUGACAAGAUGACAUACCUGGGUCAGAAGUUUUGUGUAGUGGUCUACCCAAUGGAGGAAAAGAAGAAAAACGAAGAGUCUGGAGAUGAGAUUGAAAUGAAGGAACAGUCGGUUCCACUGUCAGCAGAAGAUGAGGAGACACCGAAAUCAGCUGACUGCUAAACAGACACAUGUGGAGACACACUCAUUCUCUCACAUAAGUGAGACUGACACUGGAAAUCAAACUCAGAUUUUUUUUCACAUACCACUAUAUUUUGCCUUUUCAUAAAGAGGGGGUUGCACUGGAGUGGAAGUGGCUAAGCUCAGGAGAGAGAAAUGAACAAAGACUAGCUGCUCCACAGGUCAUGUGGUUCUGCUGUAGUGGUCUUAGAAAAUGUUCUACAUUCUCUCUAGUUGCUAGUCUCUCAGCAGCCGCUUUCUACUCCAUCGACUGUGCAAAAGAAUUACAACACUAAAAUGAGAGAUUACAUAAAGCCCUGGCCUAAAGGGUCUGCAUUUUUUUAAGAACUUUCUGAAACAUUCUUUUCUAUGAGAAACACGGGGAAUUUGAAUUCCAUUCUGUAAAUUACAGUUUAUGUGAUAAAAAUGCCAAACUACAUCAUGGCUUACCCUGAUAUGGCAGGGUUCAUUUUAUUUAUUUAUUUAUUACUGAGUACAUUCUAAUGUUCUAAUUCUUACCCCCUCUUUAUUUUUAUUUUUUUCCGUUCAGGUGUCUGUCAUAACACACCUAGCAGAAAAUAGUUUUUUAUAAGCCAAAGCUGUAUUUUAAUUUGACAUUUUCUCAUUUCAAGUGUAUUUCAUCAAACCAAAACACUCAGAAGCAUUUCUUUUUUAUAUAUAUUGAUAUUUUUUAUUGUCUUAUUCUAAUCAUAUUCCUUUGUUAUUAUAAAAUUAUUAUUAUUCUUUUCUCUUUCCUAAAGGAAAGCUCUGGGACCUUUUUUAAUCAUCAUAUUUUUAAGGCAUAUAUUUAAGAACCAAUUGUGGUGGUUCAGAGUAGUUUUCUUCCUGGUUACUCUGGUCCUGAUACAAUUCAAGCUCUUUUAUUUGCCUUAACUUUUAUGUAAACUGUAUAAAGAUAUUAUCGCUGUUAAAGAGUAUUUUGCUUUCUGAUAUUUUUGAAGAUAAAAAGUGUUCAAUGAAAACUUAAAGAUGCCAUUGUGAAGUUAAGUAUUGCAACAGUAUAUUCAUUCUGUGUGGACUUUAGAUAAUACGGCAUGAUGCCAUUGGAUUUACAGCCACAGUCAUAAAUUCACUUUCCCACAGUUGAAUUAUUAAGAAAGUUUACACACAGAUGCAGAUUCAAAAUGGCAGAGUGGUUUGGUUAUAUGAAAAAGAAAAAGAAAAUAGUGGCGCAUAACUAGUGUUUGUGAUGUAUCUGAAAGCCUGUGAGAAUGUACUAGUUCUAUAGUUUUGGUCAUAUCAAUUAUUAUGUGAAUAUUCAAAAA